UCUUGGCGUGAGGGCAGCCCCUCGCUCUCGGGGCGCCUCGACUUCGCGCAGUCCUCGCCGCAGCGCCACGUUAUUCCCCUGCCUCAGGAAGGGACCCUGGGCUAGGGGGAGCGGCGGGGAAGGGGUUCAACCCAGGGAGGCCGGCACUGACGUUUGAUUUCGGGAGAGCGGCGGAGGCAGGGCGCUGCCGAGGCGACCGGGAGCGCCGGCAGCUCCUCCUUUCGGCCGUCCUCUCCGGGCCCCAAUCUCCUCCCCAUCCAUGCGCCUUUCAAAAUGGCUGGGAUCCCUUUGUAUUUUGUGGAUUUGCAGGAUGACUUAGAUGAUUUUGGGUUUGAAGACUAUGGACCAGAUUGUGAGAGCAUGAGGAUAACUGCGUUCCUGGACAUUCCAGGGCAGGAUAACUUGACUCCACUUGGACGUUUAGAAAAAUAUGCUUUUAGUGAUAAUAUAUUUAACAGGCAAAUUAUUGCCAGGGGUCUACUUGAUGUCUUUCGAGAUUUCAAUCACAAUGAAGAAGAUUUCUUGACAGUUAUGGCAAUAGUGGUGCGGCUAUCUGAAGAUGCAGAACCUACUGUACGGACAGAACUAAUGGAACAGAUACCGCCCAUUGCCAUUUUUCUACAGGAGAGUAGGCCAAACUUCCCUGCAGCGUUUUCUGAAUACUUUAUGCCUAUAGUGGUGAGAUACCUCACUGAUCCAAAUAAUCAGGUUAGAAAAGCAAGCCAGGAUUCACUGCUAAUAUUACUGGAUCAACAUCUUAUUGCUCAACAUGAUAUUGAAAAUAAAGUGUGUCCAAUUCUGUUGGAGCUUUCUGCUCCAGAUAGUGAUGAUGAAUACAAGGUGGAGGCAGUCAAUAUAAUCUGCAAAAUGGCUUCUAUGGUGAACAAAUCUACUCUUGAACGCUUGAUGCUUCCUCGAUUCUGUGAGCUUUGCAGUGAUGGAAAACUCUUUCAAGUCCGGAAGGUUUGUGCAGCAAGCUUUGGUGAUAUAUGCAGUGCAGUUGGGCAAGAAGCCACGGAAAAGAAUUUGAUUCCAAAGUUUUUUGAGCUCUGCUCUGAUAGCAUUUGGGGUAUGCGGAAAGCUUGUGCUGAAUGCUUUAUGGCUGUCUCCUGUACCGUUUCACCUGAGGUUCGGAGGACCAAGCUGUCUCCCCUUUUCAUCGGUCUCAUCAGUGAUCCUUGCAGAUGGGUUCGUCAAGCUGCUUUCCAAUCACUUGGUCCUUUUAUAUCUACUUUUGCAAACCCUUCCAGUGCUGGUCUUUAUAUUCGAGAGGAUGGCACGCUCAGCAUCCGGCCUUCUAGUCCAUGCCCAGACAACAGUGCAAACUCAGUGCCAUCUAGAUCAGAGGAAUCAAUGGAAAAUAAAUUGGAAUCUUUGGCAGUAGAAUCUUUUACCCAUGUGGUUUGUUCUGAAAUUCCAUAUUUGGAUGCACAAAAUAAAUGUUCAGCCAUACAUGUCACUUUUGGAGUAGAUCAGACUAUAUUGCCUCAGAGUGAUGAGACUUCUUUGACUAAUGAUAAUAAAGACUGUCAAGUCAACAAUUAUCAGGAAAUUAGUUCAAGAGCCCAGUCUGGACAGGAUGUGUUCAAUACUUUCUUAUACUGGCGACCUCCUCUUCCUGACAUAAGCCAAGAUAUAGAGCUGCUUCAGUGCAAGACAGAGACACUUGAGAGCUCCUCGGCGUCAGAAGUACUUUAUAAUAAUUGUGUUGCCAGCAGUGAAAUUAAAAAAGUUCUGCAAAGUUUGCAGGAGCACAUGGAUGACCCAGAUGUUCAAGCUCAGGUUCAAGUACUGUCUGCUGCCCUCAGAGCUGCCCAUCUUGAUUCUGUCAGUGGCUGCGAUGGCAAGCAGAAUGUGGAAGUUAAUGAUACCCACCAAGAAGACUCUCCAAAUUUGGACUUCACUUCUAGUACAGCAGAUGAGAGCAUCUUAUCUUCAUUGCCAAGUCUGGGUGAUGUGAUUAACCCACCUAGUCCAACUAUAAUAAAAAAUGCGAACUCAGAAGAACAACACAACGAUGUCAACAAAGCGUUAGAAGCACAUGAGAAUGAUCCACAUCUUGAAGAAGAUAAAUCAAAAUUACAGGAUAUUAUACCUCAGCCUUUGUUGGAGCAGUAUUUAUCUAUGACAGACCCUGCUCGAGCACAGACAGUAGAUACUGAAAUUGCAAAACAUUGUGCAUACAGUCUUCCCGGUGUGGCCUUAACACUGGGCAGGCAAAAUUGGCAUUGUUUGAAGGACACAUAUGAGACUUUAGCAUCAGAUGUACAGUGGAAAGUCCGUCGCACGCUUGCUUUUUCCAUUCACGAGCUGGCUGUAAUUCUGGGAGAUCAGCUAACAGCAGCAGAUCUGGUGCCUAUUUUCAAUGGUUUCUUAAAAGAUCUAGAUGAAGUACGCAUUGGAAUCCUCAAACAUCUUUAUGAUUUCCUAAAGUUGCUUCAUGCUGAAAAAAGACGCGAAUACCUUUAUCAGCUUCAAGAAUUCGUAGUAACCGAUAAUAGUAGAAAUUGGCGAUUUCGUUAUGAACUUGCAGAGCAGCUCAUUUUGAUACUUGAACUUUAUAAUCCCAAUGAUGUGUACGACCACUUAAGGCAUAUUGCACUAACGCUCUGUUCAGAUAAAGUUUCUGAAGUCAGGUGGAUCUCCUUCAAACUGGCUGUAGCAAUACUACAGAAGUUUUAUGCAUACAAUGCAAACUCUCUGGGAUUAAAUUUCAUUAAUGAGUUGAUCAUGAGAUUCCGCCAUUGUUCCAAGUGGGUUGGGAGACAAGCAUUUGCUUUCAUCUGCCAGGCAGUAGUUGAAGAAGAAUGCAUGCCUGUGGACCAGUUUGUUGCAUACCUGUUGCCCAGCCUUCUAAGCCUGGCUUCUGAUCCUGUGCCAAAUGUAAGGGUUUUGCUUGCCAAAGCAUUGAGGCAGACAUUAUUGGAGAAAGCGUAUUUUAGAAGUGUUGGGAAUCCUCAUCUGGAAGCUGUUGAAGAGACUGUUCUGGUUCUUCAAGCAGACAGGGACCAAGAUGUUUCCUUUUUUGCCACCAUCAAACCAAAACUCAGUAACAUGCAUAUCACUUUACUUGAAAAACAAAAUUAACUUUUUUUGCAUAUGUAGUCUAUGAAAUUAUUAUUCGGCUAACAGAUUCCUGCUGUGACUACUAACUAAUUUGGUGGAAGAGGACUUUAUCAAGCAAAUGAUGCAAUGCAUGAGAAAAGGGCUUGUUUUAAUUCUGGUAUUGAUGCAAGAAACAUGUCCUUUUGUCUACAGACUAUCUUGAUAUCGGAUACUUGUUUUAUUAUACUUUUUGUAUACAUACUUUCUUUCAUGAAUGUGAGGAGUAAUGUUUAUCUCUGCAAAACAUCCAGUUGUAUGUUCAUGUGAUUAUGUGAGCUUGUACAUAUUUGCAACUUAAACAUCAUUCCAGAAAAUAAGAAUACGCCUUUCUAAACACAGUUACAAAGAAGACAAUGAUUGACUUGACUAAAAUUCAGAGCAUUGUUGGUGAACAUGAAAUAUGUGGGCCUCUUGCUUAUUUCGUUGUUAAUUGAACCAUAGGGAUCCCAUUUUAUUGUAUUAAAUUAUUUAAAGUAUAAAAAUGUGCUUCUGAGAGUUGGUAAAGAAUUCAGAAAAUGAAUGUGUAACUUGGAAAAAAGCUAAAGCAAAAAUACAAAUUAAUUUUGCUUUCCUCUAAGGUAGACGGUGAUGGCAAACAGUUUCAUGAAUGUUAGCUGAGUGUGGGAAAUUAAAUGAACUAUUCUUUGUCCUUGCUAUUCACUUCUACGUUUGGCUGGUGCUGGUAUGUCUACUGAUAGAAAAAGCUGUUUUCAAAUGGCUACAUCUGAAGGAAUUCUUACAUAUUUGUUGGGUAUAUUUUGUAGUAACUGGUUUGCAGCUUGAGUCCAUAAACUCUUAGCCUUCAGUACAGGAAUACGGCUGAAAUGUUUUGGGGAUUUUCUCAACGUUUGCCAUACUCUGAGGAGAAAGUAAAUAAGGAUAUGAAUUACCAAAAGUUCAUAGUUCUGAGAAUUGACUAUCUGUGCUGGGGGUAAUGAGAAUUGUUCUUUUUCUACACACCAAUGGCAAGUUCAGUAUGAAGUGUUCUGUCUAGCCAUCUAUAUAGCCUUUGGAUUUCACGUAGCUCCCCUAACUACACAUUCCAUAAGCAGCUGUUUCUGAAGAUUGGGAGACCUUCUAAAACACCUUUCCAUGUAGUGCCGAGGCAAAUCUCCUGGUCUCCCUAUGUGCAUACGGAGUCAUACCUUGAUCCCUAAUCUUUCAGUGUAUUGCUGAAAGUUACGAGCAGAGUAAAAUAAUACAGUUUUUCUUAUUGCUUUGGACAAGAUAAAAAUAAAAAGAAAUAUGGAUGGGAAAAAUAGGAAAGGGAAAUGAUAGAGGUAGAUCAAUGUUACCUUGAUUUUAUAUUGUUAAGAUACAGCAAUGCACGCAAGAGCCUUGGGAAAAAAAUGAAACUCCGUCUAGUGAGAGCCGCUAGACAUAACAUUCCCAGUUCAGAGAUUAUACCAGCGAGUUCCCUAACUCUAGAUGGAUAUGAACAUUUAACCUAUAAAAAGGACAUUAUGCACCAUUGUAAGAACUAACAAAAAAACCUCUCUUACUGCAUGAUUUCUUUGGCGGAACAAAAAUAUAUAUAUGACAUAGGCACCCCCUAGGAAUCAUUCACAGAAAUAAAUGAUCGUUGCUUGAGUUCAUGGUUUUUUAGUUGUGAAACAAUAUUCUUUUCAAGAUUUUCUUAAAUUGUGUAUUGGUACAGAGAUGAGGUUUUUAAAUACAGAAAACCUUGUAAGGAAGGCUUUAAUUUUGGAUAAACGUAGUGGGAUCUGUUUUAAAAAAUCUAUAAAACUUGCUUUAAAGAAACAGAGCUUAUUUGUUACAAGCCUGGUUAUUUAGCUAAUAUCUUAAAUGUCCGUGUUGCAAUACGUAGUUGUCCUGUCUGAAUUGUCAGUUUGUAUCCUUUUUUUUAAAUUUUAAAAAUGGUUUAAUUUAUUAGAAUUGCCUAACACAUUUUGGACAUAAUGCUAUGAAAGAUUGUGCUCCAGGUCGCAAAACGGUGUUUAGAUUUUAUAAUAAUAUUAUUUACUUUGCAAGUUUCUAAAAUGUUUUUUGGAAGUCUAAAAACAUGUCCUUGCUAUUUCACUAUAAAAUGUGUAAACUAAAUUCUGCAAGCUGAUCUUAUAUUUAAGUGUUUGAAUAAGUUUUAAACAAAAUGCCUCUUCAAUGCAAAUGAAUUUUUAUGACUGCAGUUACUCUGCAGUGAGUUCUUUUGUAGUUUUAGUAUCUUUUUCUAAUGCUAGUAUCAUACAAAUAUUUUAAUAGUUAAGAAUUUUCUAAAAGUGUUCAAUUUUUGCUUUGUAAAAAGUUAAUUUUUUCAUCACCGAUUUUUUGAGUGCAUAUAGAAAUGUCUGAAAAGAACUGUAUAUAGUCUGCUGUUUAGACAUUAAGAUCAUUCAGUUUGAUGGCCAUGUUGAUUUUUGAUUAGUAUUAUUUCCUACACUGUCCAACUAAAUGUCAAAAUCUUCUAUGUGUCUGAGGAAGUUGAUGUAGUUUUCAUUAAAAUAUUGUUUAAUUAGCAUUAUUUAUGCAUGAGUAAAUUGCUGAAUAAUUUUACUGAAAUGACAAAUCAAACCUUUCAUUAAUAAUUAGCACCUUUUCCUAAAUCUGGGGUGUGUGUGGUUUUCUAUUUACUUUUUAAACAUUUUUGUUGUUGUUAAAAAUUUUGUAACAUGUUUUCAAACUCUAUAGUUGCGCGCACUAGAGGAAGGAAAAUUCUGGACAGUUCAACUUGCUCUGGUUCCCCAUAUCUAUAUCCACAUUUUUGCAUUCAGUUUAUUAGCAGUGGGUUUAAGUUACGAAGAACUGCACUAAUACAUUUCACGGUGGCUGUUAGACACACUGCAAAAUCACCACUGAGAUGUGUGCAGUAGUCUUAAACUGUUUCCCUGUAAUAAAAUGUGCAUGACUGGGCAAUGGCACCUUAUAGGUCACUCUGGGUGAAAAAAAAAACAUGCAGUGGAGACUCGAAUAGGAUAGUCACAUGCUCUUUUUCAAAUUAUGUAAACAUAAUUAAACCUCACAGUGAGUUCAAGCUGAUAAAUAGUCACCUCUUCUUAAAGAAGCUGCAAGGAUUUCAUUUUGAAAUCAAACCUGGUGUUAAUCUGCUGCAAUAUAGUUACAACUUUAGUUGCAAUUCUGCUGUAAUAGUUAAAUCUGUAAAGAAUGGUGUUUAGAAUCCAAAUAGUUGGAGAGUCUGGAUGUGCCACUGAUUUUGUAAGAACCUGUGUAACUUUCUAUUCUUAUUUAUAUCAAUAAAUUUCAUCACUGUUUUAUCAAA